AGUCCUUCAUAUCCCUCUCGAUCCUCACCGAAUAAAAACCCCGACUUUCUCAAUCAUAAAAGCCCUCAACCCUGGACCUCGAAAUCCCCAAAUCUCCCGCCCGCUCUCGUCGCCGGCGGCUCGGCCAGCGAGAUCGCGAUCUCUCCUCGUCGUCGUCGUGAAAUCCCCUCUCUGCGGACUCCGCCUCGUCGCAAUUUCUCCGAUGCGCCUUACUUAGGGUUCUAGGAUCACUUGACGAGUUCGUACGGAUCGAUCCUUGUUCGAAUCUUUUACUGGGGAAAGAGGCCUCUGCGAGAUUCAAUUUAGCCUUUUUCUCUGCGCCUUUUCAUGAAGAUAUUAAAAAAGAAUGACGGACCACUCACUAAUUUUGAAGUCCUUGAGUUCUUGCGUUCACGAGGGGCAACUAGCGACCCUUUAGGUUGUCUUGGUUCUGUUGCAGCAUCUGAGUGCAAGGUAUUUGAUUAUCUCAUCCAAACUCCCGCAUGCAAUCAGACAAGAAAGGAUGUUGAUGAAUUUUUGAAGAGGUCUGAGAAUUUCGAUCUAGCAAAAGCUGAAAAACUAAAUAUUAUCAACUUGAGACCAUCCACCCAAGCAGAAAUUUAUCCGAUUAUUGAGUAUUGUGACAAGAGAUUUGCUGGCAAUGAAGAUGAAGGUAUAUCAAAAGUCGAUGAGCUCGUUCAAAUGGUUGUUGAGAUUUUACCUCCCCCUCCAAAGUCUGAAGAGGAGACAUCCGAUCAAAAUGAAGAAGAAGCAAAAUGAGAAUUCUCAGAUAUUGGAUUCGGAAGCACUGCAGGAUUUUGGGGAAGAAUUUUCUGCUGCUGGAACUGUUACCUACUUAUCUUUCCUUCAAGAGGCCAGUGAAAAUGAAAAUGGAUAUUAUUAAACAAUGUGUAAUGUGUAUUAUUUGUUUCGCUUAAUAUCAACUUUUCGGUAUUUCUUGCGAA